AUGGCGCCAUCGACAAUCACCGUCGGCACGCGCAAGUCGCCCCUCGCCAUGGCCCAAGCCGAGCUCGUCGUCGCCUCGCUCCAGUCCAUCUUCCCCUCGUCGUCAUUCCCCAUCCACGGCAUGACCACCACCGGCGACCGCGACCAGAACACGGCCCUCUACAACUUUGGCGGCAAGGGCCUCUGGACCACCCAGCUCGAGGAGAAGCUCGUCGCCCGCGAGCUCGACAUUGUCGUCCACUCCCUCAAGGACAUGCCCACCACCCUGCCGUCCGACUGCACCCUCGGCGCUGUUACCAAGCGAGAAGACCCGCGCGACGUCCUCGUCCUGAAAAAGGCCCUGCGCGACGCAAACGGUUACAAGACCCUCGCCGACCUGCCCGACGGCAGCGUCAUCGGCACCAGCAGCAUCCGCCGCAUCGCCCAGCUGGCGCGGCGCUACCCGGCCCUCCGGUUCAAGGACGUGCGCGGCAACAUCCAGACGAGGCUGAAGAAGCUCGACGAGGACCCGGAGCUGAGCGCCAUCGUGCUGGCCGCCGCCGGGCUCCUGCGGAUGGACCUCGGCGAGCACAUCUCGCAGUACUUGGACGUGGACAAUGGCGGCAUCCUGCAUGCCGUCGGACAGGGUGCGCUGGGCGUCGAGUGCCGCGCGGGCGACGAGCACGUGCUGCGGGCCCUGAAAGAGAUUGAGCACAAGGACACGCUGCUGGCGUGCCUGGCCGAGAGGAGUCUGAUGAGGGAGCUCGAGGGCGGGUGCAGCGUGCCGAUUGGCGUCGAGACCAAGUGGGUGGAUGGCAAGCUGAGGCUCAGGGCGACGGUUGUUUCCGUCACGGGCAAGGAGGGCGUCGACGCUGACGUCCUAGAGACCGUCACGUCGGAGGAGGAGGCCGAGGAGCUGGGCAAGAUGGUGGCCAGGGACCUGGUGAGCAGGGGGGCCGACAAGAUUCUCGAUGCCAUCAACAAGGCUCGCCCCGAAGAAAAGUGA